CAGGAUCUGUUUUGAGAUCUAAGCUUAAAGGUUUGUGAGCAGAGAAAACUUUAACAACAUCAAGUACAUAAUAAAAACGAAGACUUAUUAGUUAAAUGAUGUGAGUAGAUGAUAUUGUAGAGUUAUUAGUAAAUUAUUUAAGUUGAUGAUAUUGUACUAGUGAGGAUCGGGAAGAUCAACGGCUCGACACAGUUUAUUCACAGAUAUAAACAACUGAACGUCUAUCAUGAGCUUCAGAAAGAGAAAGAGUCUCUCUGGAGAAACAGACAUAAACACAAUGAACAGUUUGAUUGAUAGAGAAUCUGCUGAAUCCAGCUGUGUGUCUAUGAAGAGUGAUCGAUCAAUGGAUCAUCCACCUGCGUUCAGUUUAGGAGACUCUGGUGCAGAUGUGAGUAACACAACAGAUGAAUCAAAGUCCUUCAAAGGGAAGCAGAUGGAUUCAGUUUUUCAGGAUCUUGAAGACAAAAUCAUCUCUCUGAUGAAAAAACAGCUGAAGAUCUUCAAGAGUCUACUGAGCUCAAAUUACCCAGCAUGCUCUGAGAGAGAGGAGGAGGAGGAUGAAGAUCAGAUCAGAGUAAAAGAGGAGCUUCUGAAGAUCACACUGCACGUCCUGAAGAAGAUGAACCAGACAAACCUCGCUGAUAAACUACAGACCAAACUUUUACCUUUGUGUGUGAAAAAACACAAAUCCAGACUAAAGGAGAAAUUCCAGAGAGUAAAUGAAGGAAUAUCAAGUCAAGGAAACUCAAGACUUGUGAAUGAGAUCUACACAGAGCUGUACAUCACAGAGGGAGGGAGUGCAGAACUCAAUAAUGAACAUGAGGUGAGACAGAUUGAGACAACAUCCAGAAGAUCAGAGACACAAGAAACACCAAUCAAAUGUAAUGACAUCUUUAAAGCUUUACCUGGACAAGACAAACACAUCAGAACUGUGCUGACUAAAGGAGUUGCUGGAAUUGGAAAAACGGUCUCUGUACAGAAGUUGAUUCUGGACUGGAGUGAAGGAAAAGCAAAUCAGGAUCUUCACAUCAUAUUUCCACUUCCAUUCAGAGAACUGAAUCUGAUGAAGAACAGAAAUAUCAGUCUGAUGGAUAUUCUUCAUCAGUUCUUCAUAGAUACAAAAGAACUGAGAUCAAGAGACUUUGAUAUCUAUAAAGUUGUGUUUAUCUUUGAUGGUCUGGAUGAGUGUCGACUUCCUCUAGAUUUCUCAAACAAUCAGAGUUUGUUUGAUGUAAGACAAAAAGCAUCAGUGGAUGUGCUGUUGACAAAUCUCAUCAAGGGGAAUCUGCUUCCUUCUGCUCUGAUCUGGAUAACAUCACGACCAGCAGCAGCCAAUCAGAUUCCUCCUGACUGUGUCCACCAGAUCACAGAUGUACGAGGAUUCAAUGAUCCUCAGAAGGACGAGUAUUUCAUCAAGAGAAUAAAUGAUGAGAGUUUGUCCAACAGAAUCAUCAAACACAUCAAAUCAUCGAGGAGUUUAUACAUCAUGUGUCACAUCCCAGUCUUCUGUUGGAUUACAGCCACUGUUCUAGAGAGAAUGUUGAGUGAAUCAGAGAGUCAAGCAGAGAUCCCCAAGACUCUCACUCAAAUGUUCACACACUUCCUGAUCCUUCAGACCAAACUGAAGAGUCAGAAGUAUGAUGGGAAAUGUGAGGUAGAUCUUCAACAGGUUAGAAAGAGUCUUCUGUCACUGGGAAAACUGGCUUUUCAGCAGCUGGAGAAAGGGAAUCUGAUCUUCUAUGAGGAGGAUCUGAGAGAGUGUGACAUUGAUGUCAGAGAAGCUUCAGUGUACUCAGGAGUUUGUACUCAGAUCUUCAGAGAGGAGUUUGGACUGAUCCUGGGGAAGGUCUACAGCUUUGUGCAUCUGAGCAUUCAGGAGUUUCUCGCUGCUUUAUUUCAGUUUCUUUCAUUUCCUCCAGAAACAUCAGGACUCUUCAGCAUGUUCAGAUCAACUAUGAGUGAUUUACUGAAGAGUGAAGUGGACAAAGCCUUACAGAGUGAGAACGGACACCUGGACCUUUACCUCCGAUUCCUUCUAGGUCUCUCACUGGAGUCUAAUCAGAUGAUCUUACGAGAUCUACUGACACAGACAGGAAUAAGAUCUGACAGCAGACAGGAAAUAGUUGAGUACAUUAAGAUGAAGAUCAGAGAGAAUCAAUCUCCAGAGAAAUCCAUCAAUCUGUUUCACUGUCUGAAUGAACUGAAUGAUCAAUCUCUAGUGAACGAGAUACAAACAUAUCUGAACAGAAAAGAUAACUGGUGUCUCUCUGGAGUCAAACUCUCUCCCUCUCAGUGGUCGGCUGUGGUGUUUGUGUUACUGAACUCAGAUCAGAAGCUGGAUGAGUUUAUACUGAGUAAAUAUGAUCGAUCAGAUGAAUGUCUUCAGAGGCUGCUGCCAGUGAUCAAAGCAUCCAGAAAAGCUGAUCUGAGGCACUGUAAUCUGACAGAGAAAAGUUGUUCAUCAUUGAGUUCAGUUUUCAUCUCAAACUCCUCAAGUCUGACAAAACUGAACCUGAGUAACAAUAAACUGCAGGAUUCAGGAGCGAAGCUUCUCUUUGAUGGACUGAAGAAUACAAACUGUAAACUCAAGAUAUUACAUCUGAUGAGCUGUAAUCUGACAGAGAAAAGUUGUUCAUCAUUGAGUUCAGUUCUCAUCUCAAACUCCUCAAGUCUGACAGAACUGAACCUGAGUGAAAAUAAACUGCAGGAUUCAGGAGUGAAGCUUCUCUCUGAUGGACUGAAGAAUACAAACUGUAAACUGAAGAUAUUACAUCUGAGUUGGUGUAAUUUGACAGAGAAAAGUUGUUCAUCAUUAAGUUCAGUUCUCAUCUCAAACUCCUCAAGUCUGACAGAACUGAAACUGAGUGGGAAUGAACUGCAGGAUUCAGGAGUGAAGCUUCUCUCUGAUGGACUGAAGAAUACAAACUGUAAACUCAAGAUAUUAAAUCUGAGGUGCUGUAAUCUGACAGAGAAAAGUUGUUCAUCAUUGAGUUCAGUUCUCAUCUCAAACUCCUCAAGUCUGACAGAACUGAACCUGAGUCUCAAUGAACUGCAGGAUUCAGGAGUGAAGCUUCUCUCUGAUGGACUGAAGAAUACAAACUGUAAACUCAAGAUAUUACAUCUGGUGAGCUGUUGUCUGACAGAGAAAAGUUGUUCAUCAUUGAGUUCAGUUCUCAUCUCAAACUCCUCAAGUCUGACAGAACUGAACCUGAGUGGAAAUAAACUGAAGGAUUCAGGAGUGAAGCUUCUCUCUGAUGGACUGAAGAAUACAAACUGUAAACUGAAGAUAUUAAAUCUGAUACACUGUAAUCUGACAGAGAAAAGUUGUUCAUCAUUGAGUUCAGUUCUCAUCUCAAACUCCUCAAGUCUGACAGAACUGAACCUGAGUGGGAAUAAUCUGCAGGAUUCAGGAGUGAAGCUUCUCUCUGAUGGACUGAAGAAUACAAACUGUAAACUCAAGAUAUUAAAUCUGGUGAGCUGUAAUCUGACAGAGAAAAGUUGUUCAUCAUUGAGUUCAGUUCUCAUCUCAAACUCCUCAAGUCUGACAGAACUGAACCUGAGUGGGAAUAAUCUGCAGGAUUCAGGAAUGAAGCUUCUCUCUGAUGGACUGAAGAAUACAAACUGUAAACUCAAGAUAUUAAAUCUGAAGAGAUGUAAUCUGACAGAGAAAAGUUGUUCAUCAUUGAGUUCAGUUCUCAUCUCAAACUCCUCAAGUCUGACAGAACUGAACCUGAGUUACAAUGAACUGCAGGAUUCAGGAGUGAAGCUUCUCUCUGAUGGACUGAAGAAUACAAACUGUAAACUGAAGAUAUUAAAUCUGAUGAGCUGUAAUCUGACAGAGAAAAGUUGUUCAUCAUUGAGUUCAGUUCUCAUCUCAAACUCCUCAAGUCUGACAGAACUGAACCUGAGUGACAAUAAACUGCAUGAUUCAGGAGUGAAGCUUCUCUCUGAUGGACUGAAGAAUACAAACUGUAAACUGAAGAUAUUACAUCUGAUGAGCUGUAAUCUGACAGAGAAAAGUUGUUCAUCAUUGAGUUCAGUUCUCAUCUCAAACUCCUCAAGUCUGACAGAACUGAACAUGAGUGUCAAUAAACUGCAGGAUUCAGGAGUGAAGCUUCUCUCUGAUGGACUGAAGAAUACAAACUGUAAACUGAAGAUAUUACAUCUGUAUAACUGCAGUAUUGGAGAUGAAGGUUUUGUUGCUUUGGCUUCAGCUCUGAGAUCAAACCCAUCACACCUGACUGAACUCAAUCUGAAGUUGAAUAAUGCAGGAGACUCAGGAGUGAAGCUGAUCUCUGAUCUACUGAAGGAUCCACACUGUAAACUACACAAACUAAAUAUUGCACCUGGACCCUAUCAAUCAUCUACAAGAGCUACGGAUGACAAAUCAAACACCUGUCUUCAGUCAUAAAGUAGAAGAUCUGCUUACUGCCUCCUACUGGACAAACAGCAGCAGUGAGACAUCAGAGCUCAACAUGAGAGACGUCUGUUAGAGUUAAACACACAAACAUGUGGAUGAAGAUCUGCAUUCAUAAUCCAGCAGAAGAGUUUAAUGAAGUUCAAUGAUGUUUGUGUUGUGGAUGUGAUUCUUACACAGCUGAUAUAUGACACUCAGUGUAUCUCUUUCUGUCUCAUCUGAUGCUGUUUAAAGUCUUCUGAGCUCUGCUGAUGCUUCAUUACCUGUAGAUCUUCAUCAUCAUCAUCAAAACAGUUCAUUCCUAUGGAUAUAUUCUCAACAAUGAUGACAGACUGACCAAUGAGAUACAGGCUUUAGGUCAUGUGACUAAAUAUUUCUUAUAGAUGUUUAUACUGCUCAUUUCUGAAUAUAAUACCCUGUUCACACUGUCAAUCCAAAUCUGAUUUUGGUGCAUAUUGAAGGAUUUUGUGUAUAUUUCUUUAUGCGUAAUCUAUGUCUGAUGUGUUACGUUGCAACUGUGCCCUGAUGUUACCAACUUUAUUAUUAGUCUGAUUCCUUACAACUGUGACCUGAUGUUAUCAACUAUCCAAAUGGCCCAUACAGUUACCCCUCAGGUCAUUAUUAGGUCACAUUCUCGUAGGUUCUCCGGGGGUGUGAUUGUCACCUCAGAGAUCAAAGUCUC